CAGUUAAUCUAUAAUGCAAGGAUUAGUUUUAAUAACUCCUGUACAGCGAUACGCGCGAGAAAUUACUACUGUUAAUGCGCCAAGAAAUAAUUAACAGCUGUAGAUGCUUUAACAUCUGUAGAUGCUUAUUGAAUGUUUGCCAUUUUUUAACAAACACGCUUUUAUUUUAACACGCAAACUUUCUAAUGAAGCGGAGUAGCAGGCAAGCCAAAACCAACUCGUCCUUAUCACCUUUCUUUUCCUCAAGUCCUCCUUUCCAGCAUCAUCACCAUCAACAUCAUCAUCGCCAGUACUGACUCGAGCGCCGGCCACCCGUCCCGCCUUUCUCCAGGUAGCGCAUGCACAUCAGCGGCCAUCAUGAAUGUGCAGGUGAUGCCCGAGCACAAGCUGGCGUCGGUGGCCCCACUCAAACCGUACGCCGUGGAGAAGAAGGAUGUGGAGCUCAUCCUGGUCAAAGAGCGCAACGGCUUGCAGUACACGAGUUCCCGUACGCACACAUGCACCGAGACGCCAGAGCGCGAGACAUGGGGCAAGAAACUGGACUUCCUGCUCUCCGUCAUCGGCUUCGCUGUGGACCUGGCCAACGUGUGGAGGUUCCCUUAUCUGUGCUAUAAAAACGGCGGAGGGGCCUUUCUGAUCCCAUACAUCACUUUCCUGUUCAUUGCGGGAAUGCCGCUGUUCUAUAUGGAGCUGGCUUUGGGUCAGUAUAACAGAGAAGGGGCAGCCACUGUAUGGAAGAUCUGUCCCGUUUUCAAAGGUGUUGGUUAUACCGUGAUCAUCAUAGCUUUGUAUGUAGGCUUCUACUACAACGUUAUUAUAGCUUGGUCUCUGUACUACCUGUUCUCCUCAUUCACGAGUCAGCUGCCCUGGCAGCACUGUAAUAACACAUGGAACAGCCUCAUGUGCAAAGACCCCAAGCUCAUCAAUGGCUCGCUUCUCCUGGGCAACGGCACCUACGCCAAGUACAAGCGAACGCCUGCUGCUGAGUUCUAUGAACGAGAGGUACUGCGCAUUCACGAGAGUCAAGGCAUCAGUGACCUGGGAGAACCUCGCUGGGAGCUGACGCUUUGCCUUGUGGUGGUCUUCUUUAUUCUCUACUUCAGUCUGUGGAAAGGCGUAAAGUCAUCUGGGAAGGUGGUGUAUAUCACUGCCACCAUGCCCUAUAUUGUACUUCUGGUGCUGCUUUUCCGAGGCAUCACACUACCUGGUGCUAUGAACGGAAUCCGUGCGUACCUCCACAUUGACCUUAAUAAACUCAACAAUCCUCAAGUUUGGAUUGAAGCUGCCACUCAAAUUUUCUACUCUCUGGGGGCUGGUUUUGGUGUGCUUAUCGCCUUUGCCAGUUACAAUAAAUUUGACAACAACUGCUAUAGGGAUGCCCUCCUGACCAGCACCAUAAACUGCAUCACCAGUUUUUUCUCAGGGUUUGCCAUCUUCUCUGUGCUGGGUUACAUGGCUCAUGAGCAUGGCGUCAGCAUUAAGGAAGUGGCCACAGAUGGACCUGGGCUUGUGUUCAUUAUUUACCCGGAGGCCAUUUCUACUCUCCCUGGCUCCACUUUCUUUGCCAUAUUUUUCUUCAUCAUGCUUCUAACCCUAGGCAUUGACAGCUCUAUGGGUGGCAUGGAAGCUGUCAUCACUGGACUCACAGAUGACUUCAAGAUCCUAAGGAGAAACAGGAAAUUGUUCACUUUCAUCACUGCAUUUGGGACCUUCCUGGUUGCUUUACUGUGCAUAACGAAAGGAGGAAUCUAUGUUUUCACUCUACUGGACCACUAUGCUGCAGGAACGUCCAUUCUGUUUGGAGUUCUUGUGGAGGCCAUAGGCGUCUCCUGGUUCUAUGGGGUGGAUAGAUUCAGUGAAGACAUUGAACAAAUGAUGGGCUUCAAGCCAGGAAUCUACUGGAGACUUUGUUGGAAGUUUGUCAGUCCUAUUUUUCUGCUGGUUGUGGUGAUUGCCAGCAUUGUCACUUCCAACAAUAUGGAAUAUGAAGGCUAUGCUUUUCCUGCCUGGGCUACUGUGGUGGGCUGGGGCAUUGCCCUUUCCUCUAUGAUGUUUGUACCACUCUAUGCCAUUUACAAAUUCUUCAGUGUACCAGGCACCUUCAAGCAGAGGAUAGCAUACUGUAUUACACCAGAGCACGAACAUCACCUGGUGGCAGAGGGAAACAUCAGGCAGUUCAAGCUCAAACAUUGGCUUGCCAUCUGAUGUGACCACUGGUGCUGGAAAGCCUUCUAAAAUCCCAGGCGUCUGAUGUGCCAUACGUGAACCCUGAGAGAAAUGUACCUCCAGGGAAGUGGACAAAGUGAAGCGAUGACUUCUGUGUAUCUCAACCACAUACCCUAUUGUCUGCACAAUUCUGCUUCUGUCAUGUGGGUCUCUUUUUCUCAUUGGUGGAGAAAAAUGUCUGUAUUUUGCUUUUUUAAUAUUAUGAUGUUUUUUAAAACAUUACAUCUACAAAACCUCAUUUUUAAAAGUAUGACCAUUUUUAGUUAACUGUAUUAUUAUUAUUCUUUAUAAGUCAUCUCACCCUGCAAAACCUUUAGUGUUUCCAAAGAUAAAAAUACACAUAGUCACAGUCGCUAGUCGCUUAUUUUAAUCUUUGUCUGUGUGGGUGGUGUGUGUAUAUAUGAGCAUGUGUGUAUGAGGGCAUGAAUAGUGACACACAGUUCUUUCCACUGUAAUAUUUAUUUCCAUUUGUCAAAUCAUUAUGGGCCAACACAUUUCCCAACUAAUGUUAGGCUUUAUUAGCUGUAAUGUUAGGAUCCAAGACAUUCAUUUGUAUCCCAUAGUAGCAGUAAUACCCUUCUUUGCCAUGGUGUAUCCUGGCAUAGUUUUUGCUUUGUAGACACACACCACUGUGUCAGUGCCUUAUCAAGAAUUUACUGGAAACUUACUAAUAUUUUUAAUCUGUUUUAAUAAGACCAAAAGGGGUCUUUACUAUACCCACAACAUUAAAAUUAGAAGGAACCUUCACAGACACAAUGCCAAGGAUACUUGAUAUUUUAGGGAUUUACAAGAUAACAGAGAUUCCCUAAAAGCAACAGUUCUAAGAAAAUUAAUAUCACUCCAGAGAUUGAGUUUUAUGACAAAAUCUUGAAUACAAUAUAAUGAAGGAUAGUUAUCCUUAAGUUAGCACUAUGCCAAAAGAAUAUCUAUGUCAUGUUCAAUAUUGCUCUAAAGCUAAUGGUCAAUAUUUUAUCAUCUACAAAUAUACACCAAAUGGAUUAGAUUAUAUACAUCUUUUUUGUCUUCUUUAUAUUGAUCUUAAAGUUUUUCUUUAAAAAAACCCUUGGCUGACUGUUACAGUUUUGUUAAAUAAAUCUAUGAGAUUAGAAUGCGAGAUUUAAGAGUAGAGACCAUCAAAUAUAAGCAAUUAUAAUAAAUUAUAAGCAAUUAUUUCAAGAUAGGCAAAAAAAUAUCUUUUUUGGCACAACUGAGUUUUGGUGUUUUUUUAUUAUUAUUUUUGUUUUGUGCUUGAAAAGAUUGAAUACAUUGAAGUAGUAGUGGCUAAGACACUGGACUACUGAAUGUUGUCAAUCCCAGCACUGCCAAGCUGCAACUGCUCAACCCUUGAGCAAAACCAUUAACCUUUAACUGCUUAGACGUAUAAAUGAGAUAAAUGUGAGUGAAUGUAUACAGAGUUCUGUUUCAUGUGUUACACAUGUAUGUCCAUAUCAUAAUCUCUCCCUGAUGAUUUUUUGUGUGUGUGUGUGUGUGUGUGUGUGUGUGUGUGUGUGUGUGUGUGUGUGUGUGUGUGUGUGUGUGUGUCUGUUAGGGUUACUUAUUUUUUUGAGAAUUUCUCUCAGGUCAACUUUGUGUUGCAUCCUAAGUUUAAAAAACAAAUAAAUAAAAAACACUACUUACUUAUAUUUACUUGGAAGAAACAAAAACUGUUAGAAGUGCCAAAAUUCUACUUGUAUUUUCUAUAUUUGAGUGGAAAUGCAUUCAGAUAUAUACAAUACAUUGUAAACAUGGUAACUGGUUGGGAUCAAGCCACAGUUGUGGUCUCUAGAUAUAUUAAUUAAUAAAUAUAUUCCUAUAUAUAAAUAUAUUCUUUUGUUAUAUAUCUAAUCUUGUAUUUAUCAGAUUCUUUAUAAUGAAACGUGAAUGUAAAGUAUUUUAAAUGUAGAAUGUCUACUGUAAUAUUACGUGUUGAAUGUAAGUAAAGGUGAUACUGUAAAAAAAUUUUAUAUAUAUGAUAUACAUAUAUAUGUGUGUGUGUACAUGUUCUAUGUAACUGGGGUGGUUCUUCCACAAGAAGGUAAACUGAUGUUACUGAGCAAUGUUUACAGAUCCACAUGUCCUGUUCAUAGCUGAUAGAUAUCUAUGAUGAACUUAAAGUACGCACAUUAUUACAAUAAAGAGGUUACCACA